AUGAGGAAGAAGAGGGAAAAGCAGUUGAAUAAGGCGAAAUUGGGAUCAAAAGAAGGAUCCAAAGAAAGUGUUAAGGGACCAAUGGUGGAGAAAAAGAAAGAGACAGAACUGCUCCCUGAAGAUAAAACUCAACCGACUACACACUCGACGGAUUCCUUGGAGUUUAUGAUGCCGGAAAAAACUGAUUUGAAAAUGAAUAAAACGCAACCUCUUGAAGAUGACAAAACGAAAGAAUCAAAAGAAGAAAUCAAAGGAAGCAGUGAUGAAGAAUUGGGAGAAGUUCAAUUGGUGGAUCAUGAUCCGGACGCAGAAAUGAAAAAGGAGGCUGUGAAAAAGCAGGCAAGAGAAGUGGCUCAUCAGAAGCAACUGGCUGAGUUGAUGGAGAAAAGUUUGGAAAGAUCAGAGUCCAUGAACCCGACACCAGAUGACACUAUGAAGAACGUCUCCUCGAUUCAUAACGAAUCCGAACUGCCGGAAAUUCAAAAAAAGAAGCGGAAAGAUUAUGAGUUAAUGGCCAACUCCAAGUUCCCGUUGCUCAAUCUACCGCCAGAAAUCAUUGAUCUUGCAUUGAAAUCUAUGGAUCGGCUCGAAUUAAUCUGCUACUCUUUCGCUUCUAAGAAAGCCGCAAAACAAGUCAAAUCUUUACAUGUGCUUGUUCAAUGCUUAUAG